UACAACUACUCACUCACUACAUACAUGCAUGUAAAACAUCAUGAAUGCACAUGAGUCAACCGAUGAAACAGAGCAAGUGUUGUUCUUUAAGGUAAUACCAUAAAUUAGUGACGGUAUCUGUAUUUCCCUUAAGUUUACAAACAACACAUUGUUUCAUAAGAUUAAUUGUUCACUUGAAAGGAACUCCCACUUCCAUUCAUUCUCUGUUCUGGAUCUAAAUUAAUUUCUCGAUAUUUAUUACGUACAACGGUAGCAAGCUGGCUAGUUGCCGGUUUUCUGACAUUAUAAACAACAAAGGAACAUUGAAAUGACGAACAUCGAAUCAAGAAGCCCUCACAAGCCUCUGUCUGUUUUCUUUAACAUGUCAAAGCAUGGAGAUUGGAAUGUGAGCACAUAAUUAGUGAGAUUUUGUAAAGAUUCCAUUUACACAAACCCCAUCAGUUAGACGCAUGUCUAAACAGAGAUUAAAAUAACCUGCGAACCUUGAUGUUAACUAUAAUAAACGUGUAAAUACAGUGUUUUUAUGAAAAUGUUGAAUAUUUCGGCCCCUUUCUUAAGAAUGGCCGUGACGUCUACAAUUAUACAGUUCUGUUAAACACGCUCAUUAAAAUUUUAACGAACUUCUCGGAACCUAAAGUAUUCAGCAUUAGCGCCUAGGAGAACGGCUUUGAUGUCGCUACACAUUGUAGUUACAUCGUACUACCACAAGUAUUGUUUUCAAUUACUUAUAUAAGAAAAAAAAUGCCACAAUGAUGUAUUCUUGUAUUUAUUUGAGUAUAUGUGGGGGAGUAUUAUCUAAACAGCAUCAUUUAUAAAACGCCUUGAUUCCAGUAAGUACCUCUGCCAGAAGCUUGCGGUUAUGACGUGCUAAUAUUGGAAGUUUGAUUUCAUUGUUUGCAUGUUUCACUCGUGCAGCAGGUGGUCUCGGACACUUUACAACAUGGUGAAUUUAGGAAUGGCUGUAUAACGUCUUGAAGGAUAAUUGUCUAUUCAUAAUAUUACGACUUGAAUCUACUUGCACUGGUUUUGUUUUAUGUAUUACUCGCAGUAGCUAUAUUUACCUAAAUAAGUAGUAUAGUUGCUAUAUGACCUGGUUUACUGAAAGUUGUGUAUUGAGAAUUAAAACAGAAGAUAAGUAGGUAUGUAAUGCGAAUAGUCAGCACUAUCUAUUGCGUUUGUAACGUAAAUUUACCUAUGUAUUCAGUUCUAAAUUAGAAACAGAUUCUCGUAUUUUAGUUUGAGAUACCUAAAAUUCUUAACGCAUUUGUUAUGAUGUCGAAUAUGUAAUCAACGGGAAUCUGUCUCGAGAAUGAAAGAAUCCGAGCAUUGGUUGAGUGGUUCCCAAAAUAAUUGCGUGGGUUUGUCGCGACACAUGUGAUGGUCAUUGGUGGCACUAUCAAACCGUGCAUUAGUACCUACACAUGCACGGGAAAGAUAAAAAAAUUAAACAAAACAUAUAAUUUCGGUAAAAUUAAUACAAGUGAUACGUUUCUAGAAACAAUUUUUUAGCUAUAAUGCUUUGUCUGGGAUAGCAGAUUAGAGAAUGACGAAAUCUUAGAAGCUACAAUUUAGAUUAUUUCCCGUGUUAUUAUACUAUCCAUCGGCCGGGACGACAAGAGCGGGAGUUGAGUAACUUUCAGUUUUCAGUGGAGCGUGAGCACGCGCAAUGAUACGCUCAUUCGCGCCUCGUCCGCGGGGUACGGAAACACACGUUCGCAAACAAGAGAUAAGGAGGAAAAAGGUGUCCCGUGAAGGAAGUGCAGGAUGGUGUGGUGCUAUGAGGCAGGUGGCCGAGGACACGGACGACGACAUCGAGGAACCCUACAUCUCCAGCGACGAGUCUGCUCAUGGUGCGGAUCUCGCGGAACUGUUUCGAGUCAAACCAUCACCAGAUAUUUGGGAACUAGAUGAAAUUGAAUACAACUUACGACAUCUCCCUCUAGCUGAAGAAAUAUCUGCUAAUAUAUCGACGGGACAUUAUGACGAGACAGUAGAACUCGCAGCUAAUGUAGAGGAUGGAAUUUUGACAGCCGGCCUAUGGGCUUGCUGGCACGGCAGGAGUUCACUGCUGUCAAAGUUGUUGAAGUUGGGGUUGGAUCCAAACAGAACCGAUGAUGCUGGAAGAUCAUGUCUGCAUUUAAGCUGUUUGGUAGGCAGCGAAGAAUGUGCCAAACUGUUACUGGAGCACGGAGCCGACCCAAACAUGUGGGACUCGUCGACAGACAGAAAAGCCACACCACUGCAUUGCGCCGCAAGCGCGAAGAGUUUGGCGUGCGUCAAGGUGCUAAUUGCUCACGGAGCGGACGUGAAUGCAGGUCUCAACGACCGGUCUCCCUUACAUUACGCGGUGCUCAGCGACGCACCGGUAGUUGUGAAGGCGUUACUGGAUGCAGGCGCUUGUCCAGACACACCACAGGUAUUCACUGAAACUCCAUUGCACGUGGCGGCCUCUCUUGGGUCGGCAUCAUGCACUAAGUUAUUAUUGGACGCCGGUGCCGACGUCCGAGCGGCUUUCGGAGCUGGUCGAGCGACCGCCUUACAUCUAGCAGCAGAGGAUGGCCACGCAGAGUGCGCAAGGUUACUUCUUGAUCAUGGAGCGAGGAUCGAUUUAGCGAACGUAAGAGGACAGACCCCGUUACAUUUAGCUGCAUUGGCACAAUCACUGGAAGUGGUCGAGCUGCUGGUGGGCAAGCACGCAGAUGUUCGUGCACGUGACAGCGACGGACGCACGCCGCUGCACGGAGCUAUUGUGAGAGGAGUUCGAGCCUGCGAUGUAGCCCGGGCUCUGCUGGCUGCAGGGGCCGAUCCGAAUGCGGCAGACAACUUCGGAUACACACCGAUACAUAUAGCCGCCUUAAAUGAAUUUUCCGCCUGCGUGUUGUUGUUACUAGAUUAUGGCGGGGACGUGACACUGCGUACAAACGGUGGGGUGUCGGCGCUUUCGUUCAUAGUACGCCGAGUGCCUGACGUGAUUCCACGAUACUUGGGGAAGCUCGACGAUGCUGUUCAUGUCAGCGAGCAGGAGAUAGGGGAUGUCGACUGCGAAUUGGUUAUAGACUUCAGGCCACUAGUUCCGUGCCUUAGUAGAGGCGAAGCUGAACUCUUACUCGCUUUCAUUGAGGUUGGCCGUAAAGACGUAUUGAAACAUCCAGUUGCAGAAACGUUUCUGUUCUUGAAAUGGCGCCGAAUAAGGAAGUUUUUCGUAAUGAGUUUCAUCUAUCAUGCGCUGUUUAUUACUUUGUAUAGUCUCUAUAUCCUACAGAUCUUUCUAUGUGAGUCCAGACCAUGUGAGGUUCCAACAUAUCUCCGACCAGUCCAAUACCUCAUUAUACUACUGAAUCUAUGUUUCUUAUCGAAAGAGGUAUUUCAGGCGUGUUUAGACUGGUCAGCGUAUAUUAGACAAUGGGAAAACUGGUUGCAAACCCUGAUAAUAAUCGGCGUAUUUCUUUGCACGAUACCAAGUUGGGAUAACGGCGAACUAAGGACGAACACGUCAAGUUGGCAGCACGAUAUAGCAGCUAUCACCAUAUUCUUCUGUUGGUUAGAGCUCAUGAUGAUCAUCGGUCGUUUCCCAACGUUCGGCUUGUAUGUCCAAAUGUUCACCACAGUGACUGUAAACUUCGCAACAUUUCUGCUCGCGUACAGUUGCUUGCUCAUAGCAUUUGGCCUCGCAUUCAGCGUGCUGUUCAGCAACUACGCUCCGUUCAAACUGCCGGCCAGCUUGGUGAAAACAGUGAUGAUGAUGUCGGGCGAGUUGGAGUACGAGGACAUAUUCUACAGUAACAAUACGACGCAGUCUGACUAUCCCGCCACUGCACAUGGCAUGUUCCUCACAUUUGUUCUACUCGUCACUGUUAUAUUGACCAAUCUCUUGGUUGGAUUGGCUGUCAGCGAUAUACAGGCUCUACAAGAGAGCGCUGGACUGGACCGACUAGUCCGUCAGACACAGUUAGUUGCGCACUUGGAGAGUAUGUUGUUCAGCUCACUAUUGACUUGUGCGCCCAAGCAGUUGCUAGGUGUGUUACGCUGGGGGGCGCUACUGACUGCCUCGCAUACCCGCACGCUUACUAUACGACCCAACGAUCCGAGGGAAAACAGGAUCCCGAAAGACCUAAUAACAGCAGUUUACAAAAUGGUGGCCAGCCGGAAGAUAAUACAAAAAAGUAUCAAACACAACAAUAACUACGUUUUUAGACUGAAACGGAGCAAAGACGAAGCGGAAUUGAAACAGAAUCAAGUGAAGAGAAGAAGUAAUUUGUUUGACAUAUAUUCAGUGGAGAGUCAACAAGUCGAGAGGAGAAAGAAAACUAAUUCUGCAAGCAACGCGGACAGAGUUAGACCAACAUCAUUGAAUAUAAACGCAAUACAGGAAAUAUGUAUGGUUGAUAUUAAAACACAAUUAAUGGAACUCACAAAACGAGUAAAUAAAUUAAUAGAGACCACAGAGACCAGAUUAAGUCGGAUUGAGAACAAACUUAUGCAGCCACCGUAAACUGGCUUGUUAGCUGAGUACUGGCAGUUUGACAACAAUACAUUAUUUUUUAAUGUGUUCUAUAGUCUCGUUUAAUAUAUAGGUAGUGGUGUGGGUGUAUAACAUUCUGUACUUUAUAUUUCACCUUUACAACUAUAAGUACCAGUUUACGUAAUUAUAUUAAUUAUAAGAAUGUCUACAUUUGUUAUUCAACCUUUACAAAUAUUAAAAAUUUAAAGUGAA